AUGGCAAGAUGGAAGUUGGUCGAACAACAACAAGAGAUUCGUUUGGAUUCCUAUGUGACAGACGAUGCCAACGCAUCGAAAAAGAGAAAGGCAGACGAUCUUGCAGAUUACUCGCUCGACAAGCUGGUUUCUGGUUACGUCAAUGAAGUCGGUUCGAUCAAUCAAGUGCAGAACUUCAAAGAUAUGUUGGCAAGACGUGAUAUCGAUCUGGUAGACAAAGCGAUAUCAUUAAUGAAACAACGUAUUGUCCAACUGGUAAACGAUUCACUCAAAGAUCAAUUCUAUCAGAAGGCAUUGGAGUGUGUCGUUGAACUUCGUCGUGGAUCUAUCAAAGAAUCAGAAUCACUGAAUCGUGAUGACUUUUGGCAACUUAUCGUUACAAAUCAGAUCGGAUUGAUCACCAACGAUGAAAGUGAUGACAGUGAAAUCACUGAAAAAGAAUCAAAAGAAUUCCUCGGUUCUAAACGCAAGACCAUUGCAAUCAACAACAAUCAACCAUCGAAAUCUGAUUCUGUUGAUGAUCUUUUCGAUCAAAUCGAAUAA